AUGCCUACUAUGAUACAAACCAUCGCCCUCAUGGCCCGCGACGUGGUAGAUAACAACAACGUUCUAAGGGACAAAGCCUUGGGCCCUUCCGCAACCAUCAAACUCGUGGCAGCAAUCACAGCAGGCGGCUGGAUUACCUUCGGCUUGAUAAUCGGUCUGGUCCUAAACUCGCGCGGAAAAGCCAGUAGCUUUGUCCCAGAGUGGUAUCUCGACUCUAACGGUUGUAUGUUGGCAAAACUCGGCGUGGCAGCGUGGUGGGUCACUAUAAUUCUGUUCUGGCCUGUCAUCUGCUUGGGUUAUGUUAUCUUGGCUGCUAGAAGAGGUAUUCGGAAUCUGUCUUUGAAGUAUGGUGGGGAAAGGAAGCAAAAGACGGAGAGUGAGACUUCUGAAACCACUCUUGUUUAA